UGGUUUAAGUUUUUGGAGGUGCUUCUUUCUCCACGUUCCCCCACAGAGCUCCACCUUCUCUGGAUGCCUCUAACUUAUAAACCAAACGCACCUCUGAGCGUCGAUGUGAAGGUGGACCCGCAGGUAGGCGUCCUCCCCGUGCGUCCUCAGCUGCGUCCUCCCGCUGAGGCCAAGUCGUGCGCUUUUUACCCAAAGCGAGGAUCACACUGAACAGAGAACUACAACAGCAGCGCCCAAAACUUCACAAAGCUUUAUCUUUCGUCUUUUUAGGCUGAUGAAACACAAUCACCACAGCGGGGGAAGUAGACUGUAGUGAUUUUGGAGCGUUUAGCACCGUGGCCCGAGCCUCUUUGGACAUAAACACAACAUGAACAACGCGCGUAAACAGCCCUAAAAUGAAGGUGCCUUGUCUCAUCCUUUGACGCUGAUCUCCAGUCCGCAUCCCUCUGGCAUGGACGUCCUUUGGCGUUCUAAGGGCUUUGCCGCAGAGGUUCUGGAUGUGUUUGACCGCUCGCUGACAGAUAAAGAACUGGUGUCACAGUCGAAAGCUUUGUGCAAAGACUAUAUUGUUUCAAGACUUAACCAAAAUGGACUGGGUUGGUCGAAAGCUGAGCUGAAUUUCUCCUGUUCGAACGCAUCGGUCUAUGAGGCGUCUAUGGUGCUUCUCUGUCUGGGCGACGAGCUGGAGUGUAUACAGCCCAGUUUGUACAGAAACGUGGCGCGGCAGCUGAACAUCUCUGUUGCCAUGGCGAACAUGGUGUCGGAUGCUUUCAUCGGUGUGGCCACGGAGAUUUUCUCAACAGGUGUAACAUGGGGAAAGAUCGUGGCCAUGUACGCAGUAGCAGGGGCUCUGGCAGUGGACUGUGUGAGACAAGGACAUGUGUCUAAUGUUCAUGCCAUUGUGGACAGUCUAGGCCAGUUUGUUCGCAAGUACCUGGUUCACUGGUUGAAGCGGCGUGGAGGAUGGAUGGAGAUCAAUAAAUGUGUGGUGAGAAAAGACUUGAUACCGGAGAACCACUGGAUGUAUUCUGUUAUAGACUCUUUGAAAUACUUCCUCACAUCAGUGUACGUUUACAUCAUGAAGGAGCCUUAAAGACCCACCAGGCCACCGUAGCCAGUGUUUGCUGAGACUGGUAUCUUAGCAAAAACAUGGGACUAUAGAAGGAUACUUCAGCUGCUGAAUCAUUAGCAACUGUUUCAUCAGUGUAUGGUGUUCUUCAUAAAGUUACCAGGUGGUGUUGUUUUUCAUUCAAAGAGUAAUACUGAAGCAUCAACUCCAGUUCCAUUUCAAUCCAUUUCUGUCCUGGCUGUUAUUGGAACAAUGUUGUACCGAAUAUGUUGCUUGGGAGGCAGUUUUCUGAUCACCUGUUAAUGCUUCCAUACUGUUUUAGCUUGAGCUUUGGAGGGCUGACCGUACAGUGAAAGUGUGUGUCAUUUAAUCAGAGGCUGAUUGAGUUCAACAUCUCUGUGUCAAGGGCUCAUGUGACAGUUGUGUGGAGUAGUGUGAUAUUUCAUAGAUACAUGUUAUGAGGAUUAUGAACUUUGAACUCAACCAAACGAGCACAAAUUGUAAUCAUGCGGGUACAGGAUGUUGUUCUGACCAAAGAUGAUGUGGCAGAGGAAAGUGAAGCAAAUGAUGAGCUACUAGCUCUGGGCUAAAUGGUACAAGCCCAUUUUUAUCUUGUAAAUAGUAUUUAUGGAUUUUUUUUUUCACUUUGAAUGUAAUUUUGCAUUUGGACAUUUCCUCAUUUUUACAACUGCAGUGUACAGCCAUCCCCAAGGGCUUGUCAGGAUGAUUGUGCAGUUUACAUUGAGUCGCCUUUUUCAGUGUUAAUUUAUAACUGUGUGCGUGUAAAGGUAUAUUCCACAAUAAACCAUUCCAAAUGAUUUAUUCA